AUGCCUAUUCUUGCUUCUUUAGUAAGCUCGUGGCUAGGGAUACCCAACUCUGAUAAAGGUCCAAUUCUCCAGGAAAACCAGGAAACUUCACCAGCUCAGCAAAGACCAUCUGCAAAUGUUUCAAUCCCACCAGCAACACCAACUCCACCAACUAUUUCUGCUGCUCCACAAAGAACAUCGCCAAUAAUAGCAGCACAGCAACCGUCAUGGGACCGUUCAAUUCGACAGUUCGGUCUGCUUCUCACUGGUGCUGGGUUCCUUGCUGCAUCUGUUGCUGUAUCAAGACGUUCAGUGCUGCGAAUGCGGCACGAUUCCUUCCCCAAAUUUUACACUUCCAACCGUCAUCAAGUCAAGUUUGACUCGGGUGACAGGUCUUUACUCGCUGUAACAGCCCUUGGGCUUGCCACGCUCAACGUCAUGAGCUUUGGAGUCAUGUUAGUAGGAGGCAUUUCCUGGGCAUUUGAUCUCUCCUCGAUAGAGGAAUUAAGGCAGCGAACACAGGCUGUGACCCGCAGGCCCGGGAUGGUGAGCCCUGAAGAUGAAAAAGCGAUGGAGGAGUUGAUAGAGGGACUUAUGGGCAAGAUGGGAAUGGAGAAGCCACAGAAGCCUUCAGGCAUCUCCCAAGAGGAUGAGAAAUAA